UCCAGUCGCGAGCUGUCACUGCCCCUCGUCUGUUUGUGCUCGUCCAUUCUACCACUUUAGACAUGUUUUCCGCUCUUUAAUCCGUUUGUCAUCGCCGGUGACUGUCUGUCCCACCUCUCCGUUACAUGUUUAACCCUCCGGAGCCCCUGAAGGACCCGCCGUCCCCCCAGGAAACACAGCCGCAGCACCGCGCUGGUCUUCGGCUGCUAGCUUACAGCUGUUAGCAUCGGAGGAACCGGGGGCUGAGGCUCAAAGGUGAGGAGGAGGAGGAAGAGGAGGAGAAGGAGGAAGAGGAGGAGAAGAAAACAGGUCAGCGUCUAUGACCUACGUCCGUCCAUGAUCAGAGGAUGUACCCGCCUUCCAGAAAGGACUUCAUCUCUCUGACGCUCAGCGAUCCACACAGUCACACCUACAACAAUGGAAAACACCGGCGUCAGUCCUGCUGGAGGAAAUGGAAGCAGCUGUCUCGGCUCCAGCGAAGCCUCAUUUUGUUCCUUCUGGCUCUGCUGCUCAUAUUUGGACUGAUCUCCUUCCCCAGCAUCUCAGAGCAGUGGAGAGGUUUGUCCGACAGGGAGGACUGGCUGGAUCUGAAUGACCGAGAGCUGAAGCCCGUACACCCAGGGGUGAAAACUGUUCUGGGUCCGGCUGCAGGAAAUCCCCCAGCUCCUGUAUCGGGGCCACAUCCGGGGCCCGUUGAGGAUCCAGGUGCUGUUGUGGGGCCCAGAGGACUAAACAUCCCUGAUCUGCCUAAACCUGCCUUUAAGAAAAAGACAUUUCCAAAUAAGAGAGGUCCGCCCAACCUUCAGAAAGGAGGAAACGUAUCCGACACAGCAGGUGGAGAAAAGCAAGAACAAGAGGUGGUUCAAGAUGAAGAGGAGAACACCGAGAAGAAGAUAGUCAGCUGGAGAGGAGCGAUGAUCGAAGCCGACCAAGCCACAGAACCUCUGCCUUCAGCCAGUGAGAAGGAAGCAGCAGGAAACGCUGCAGAAGCAGUUUCAUCUGGGGUCGUGGACCGAUUGGAGGCGGUACGCCAGGCUUUCAGACAUGCGUGGAAGGGCUACAAGGACCACGCGUGGGGUCACGACGAGCUCAAGCCCAUCUCCAAGUCCUUUGGAGAGUGGUUUGGACUGGGUUUGACCCUCAUAGACUCUCUGGACACCAUGUGGAUUCUGGGCCUGAAAGAAGAGUUUGCUGAGGCGAGGGCCUGGGUGGAGAAGGACCUCUCCUUCGACAAGAAUGUGGACGUGAACCUUUUUGAAACAACGAUCCGUGUCCUUGGUGGUUUAAUCAGCACCUACCACCUGUCAGCAGACCAGCUGUUCUUGGAGAAAGCAAAAGACCUGGGGUCCCGGUUGAUGCCUGCCUUCAAAACUCCCUCAAAGAUUCCGUUCUCAGACGUCAACAUCGGGAAAGGAACGGCCCACCCCCCUCGAUGGACGUCGGACAGUACGCUGGCCGAGGUCACCAGUGUUCAACUGGAGUUCAGAGAGCUGAGCCGGCUCACCCAGGAACCGCAGUACCAGGAGGUUGUGAAUGAGGUGAUGAAGCUGGUCCAUAAGCUGCCGGGGAAACACGAUGGCCUGGUGCCCAUGUUCAUUAACACCAACAGCGGACAGUUCACACACAAAGGAGUGUUCACACUGGGCGCCCGAGCAGACAGCUACUAUGAAUACCUGCUCAAACAGUGGAUCCAAGGAGGCAAGACGGAGGACGACUUGUUGGAGGAUUAUCUUGGAGCUGUGGAAGGAGUGAAAAAACAUCUUGUGAGAAAAACCGGACCCAGCAAACUCACCUUUGUUGGAGAGCUGUCGCAUAAUCGCUUCAACCCUAAGAUGGACCACCUGGUGUGCUUCCUGCCGGGGACCCUGGCCUUGGGGGCCCAUAACGGACUCCCCGGGGACCACAUGGACCUGGCUGUGGAGCUGAUGGAGACCUGUCAUCAGAUGUACAAACAGAUGGAGACAGGGCUGAGUCCGGAGAUCGCACACUUCAGUCUGCAGCCCAGUGACGGCCGCGAUGUCAUCGUCAAGCCUGCAGACAAACACAACCUGCUGAGGCCGGAGACGGUGGAAAGUCUCUUCUACAUGUACAGGUUCACCAAAGACGCCAAGUACAGAGACUGGGGAUGGGAGAUACUGCAGAGCUUCAACAAGUACACCAAGGUUCCUGAUGGCGGCUACACGUCCAUAAAUAACGUCCGGGACCCUGUGAACCCGGGGCCCAGGGACAAGAUGGAGAGUUUCUUCCUGGGUGAGACGCUGAAGUACUUAUACCUGCUGUUCUCUGACGACACGGAGCUGCUCAGUCUAGAUAAGUAUGUGUUCAACACCGAGGCUCACCCUCUGCCCAUUUGGCCGUCUCCACCCAAGUGACCAUGCACAGGACACCACAGUAAAGUCCAGGCUCAGACUGUUCCAUCUGCUCCGGUUGGACAGCGUUUCUGAGCAGAACUGUCCUGUGGAGCAGAUCUGGGCCGUCCGCCUCUAUUUGGAUACGUUUCCCUUUGGAGGAGUUUUUCCCCUUUUCUUUAUUUUUCCUAAGGAAAAGGUUUGUGAUAGAGCUGGUCUCUAAUGUGUACAUAGCUAGCACUUAAUGAAAACAAUGAAGGAUGGGUUUGAUUACCGUCUUAGCCGGUAUACAUUCGUACGUAUGUAUAUUAUGUAUAUUGGGUUUUAUUUUGCCAUGUGAGGGGAAAAGCCUUGUGGGUCCUACAUCGUGUGAGACAGCUGCGAUGGAGUCUUAUGCUGCGUUUUCACUACGUGGUAUCGGCUCGACUUGACUCGACUCAGCCUUUUUGCAUUUCCUUUACAAAAAAGGACCUGGAAUCUGGAACCCGGUACUAGUUUUUUGGAAUCACCUCCGCUGAGGUUCCAAGACU